AUGUCAUUUCUCCCACCUGAGAUCUGGUUCUACGUCCUCGAUGAACUCGAACAAACCAGUGACCGUAUCCGGCUUCUCCAAGUCUGUCGGCAUUGGAAUACAGCGCUAUUUGCCAAAGUGUACUCGAGUCUGAUGAUUCCCUUCCCCGAAAAGCUAGUCGCUUUCGCAGAAGCGCUUCAUCAGAAUCCCCGACUGAAGCCUCUCGUACAUGAGCUCCAUAUCCCAGACUUCUAUGCUGAACAGUUCGAAGAUGUCCGGGUCUAUAAUCGCACAUUGUUCCACAAGUUCCUGGAGUCCUUCGCGGACAAUGACGAGGAACUAACCAAAUGGGAAGAGAAUCUAGACAUACAAAAUACAUCUGCCUGGCUCACGGUAAUCCUGAUUUCCCUCCCCAAUCUCCAACAUCUCCAUCUACGUUGGGGCGGUUAUGGCUCAGAAACAGCGAAUACACGCUGGGCAAUUUCUAAGAUCGCAAGCAAGUCUCCAAGGGAAGAUCUGCCGUUGCAACACCUCCAAACUCUCACCUCGGUAUAUGAGGACGUCAAAGAGUGCUUCCCCGCAGAGGAAUUCAUUCCGUUCCUCAAACUGUCGUCCAUGCGAACACUGCACCUAAGUACUAUCAUUGAUCGUGUCAGCGACGAUGAAGACCCGAUUUUCGGUGUUUCUUUCGAUCUUCCACAAGGUGUCUCCCGUGUCCGCAAGCUGAUCCUCAAAAAUUCCAACACUCCACACGGACUGCCUGAGUUCAUAGCCGCGUGCGCGCGCCUUGAGCACUUCGAGUAUCAGCACAACAAUCAGUUCGAAUGGGGGGAAGCGUACCGGAAUUACCGGUGUCGAGUCUUCCGCGCGCCACUCUUAACGCAGAAAGAUAGCCUGCGCGUGCUACGACUAAAUGAUGUCGGUGUGACGAAGCCACAAGAGGUGGAUGAACCUGAAAAAGACCUUCAAGCGUCGAAGGCGCAGGCUUGGUUUGGGAGUUUGGUUGAGUUUGUGGCCUUAAAGGAAUUGAGAAUACCAGUGCGGAAUCUCCUGGACGGCACAGCUAGUAAGGAGCCUAGCCUAGCUCUAAGUGAGGUUCUGCCCUCUGGUCUUGAAAUCCUCGUUCUGACCAAGGUGGAUUUCGUUGAGUGUUUUAUGCUUGAGAGACAGCUCAAGCGCUUUUUGGAUGUCAAAGAGCAGCAAUUUCCUCAGUUACGGAUACUUUCGCUACAAACAUUUCAGAUGGAGGUUUUUCCCGGUGAAAAGUUGAAUUUGGAAACAAAUAAUUGGGCGGUUCCGAGGUUGGUAGAAACGGUGUUUGCGGAUGUUAGGAGCAUUUGCGAGGGACGUGGCGUUGAGUUUAGCUUUGCCCAUGAUGGAGAUUUUCAGAUUUUAGCCGAUGGGGAGGUGGUAGAUGAUACUGAUGAGUACGGCGGAAGAACUGCUUGGUAG